AUGGAGGUGAACCAGACACGGGUCACCCAGUUCAUCCUGGUGGGCUUUCCUGGGAGCUUAAGCAUGCGAGCUGCCGUGUUCGUGGUGUUCCUUGUGUCCUAUAUUCUGACAGUGACUGAGAAUGUGAUCAUCAUCCUAUUGGUUCAGCAGAACCGGCCACUGCACAAGCCAAUGUACUUCUUCCUGGCCAACCUGUCUUUCUUGGAGACGUGGUACAUCUCCGUGACAGUGCCCAAGCUAUUGUUCAGCUUCUGGUCCAUGAACAACAGCAUCUCCUUCACUCACUGCAUGAUACAGCUUUACUUCUUCAUUGCACUCAUGUGCACAGAGUGCGUGCUCCUGGCCGCCAUGGCCUACGACCGCUACGUGGCCAUCUGCCGCCCACUCCACUACCCCACCAUCAUGAGCCAUGGGCUCUGUCUCCGCCUGGCACUGGGCUCCUGGGUCACUGGCUUUGGCAUCUCUUUGGCAAAGAUCUACUUCAUCUCCCGCCUCAGCUUCUGUGGGCCCAAUGUUAUCAAUCACUUCUUCUGUGACAUCUCUCCAGUCCUGAACCUCUCUUGCACAGACAUGUCCGUAGCUGAGCUGGUUGAUUUUAUCUUGGCCCUCGUCAUCUUCCUCUUCCCACUGUCAAUCACUGUUCUCUCUUAUGGAUGCAUUCUGGCCACUGUGUUACGCAUGCCCACUGGAAAGCAGAAAGCCUUCUCCACCUGUGCCUCUCACCUGGUGGUAGUGACCAUCUUCUACUCAGCCACCAUUUUCAUGUAUGCCCGACCCCGAGCCAUCCACGCCUUCAACAUGAACAAAAUCAUUUCCGUCUUCUAUGCCAUUGUCACCCCUGCCCUGAACCCUUUCAUUUAUUGCCUAAGGAAUAGAGAAGUCAAAGAAGCCCUGAAGAAACUUGCCCAUUGCCAGGCCAUCAGAUCUGACUAG